UAUUCGGAUGGUGACCCGCUUCUUUUCGGCGCAGCCCUCUGCCAUGCAAAUGAUGUGUCCCGCGUGUCAUGCCCUUUUAAGAAAAAUGAGAAACAGUCAGUGACGUCCACUGCGUACAGACGCUGCCGGAGGCGAACUAACCAAGUGACACUUGCGGAGCAGCGAGAGACAGCGAGCCACAGACGAUUGUUGGGCUGUCCAGUGAAGCAAUCCCACCAUGCGUGAAUACAAGCUUGUUGUGUUAGGCUCUGGCGGUGUGGGCAAGUCUGCUCUGACAGUUCAGUUUGUGCAGGGAAUCUUUGUGGAAAAAUAUGACCCUACAAUAGAAGACUCGUACAGAAAGCAAGUGGAGGUAGACGGGCAGCAAUGUAUGCUUGAAAUUCUUGAUACAGCCGGCACAGAACAGUUCACAGCGAUGAGAGACUUGUACAUGAAAAAUGGCCAAGGCUUUGCCCUCGUAUACUCCAUCACAGCACAGUCCACCUUCAACGACCUUCAAGACCUUAGAGAACAGAUUCUUCGAGUAAAGGACACAGAGGAUGUGCCGAUGAUCCUGGUAGGGAACAAGUGUGACUUAGAAGAUGAGCGUGUGGUGGGGAAGGAGCAGGGCCAGAACCUGGCCAGACAGUGGAACAACUGUGCCUUUUUAGAGUCAUCUGCUAAGUCAAAGAUCAACGUCCUUGAUAUCUUCUAUGACCUGGUAAGGCAGAUAAAUAGGAAAACGCCCGUGGAAAAAAAGAAGGCAAAAAAGAAAUCCAACUGUGUCCUGCUUUAAACACCCCCCUCCAACCCCAGCAGCAGAUCUGAGCCAGAAAUGCUGUAAUGAAGAACUGUUGCCCUGAAUGGAACGUGCCAGCAUUCCAACAGCCCCGCCCCCCCUCCCUCCAUCCGCCUAAAAUGGUGAAUCAGCUGACUGAACUGCUCCUUUCAAAGCCGAGGAUGACCCCACAAGAGAGUACAGAGAAAGAAAGACAGUAAGAGAGAGGGACGACUCUGGUCUUCUGCCUCUGAAGACAUUCCUCUGUGUCUCGACAGCAGUGUGAAAACGGACAGUCGAUACUUCUGCACCACCACCGGAUAACCAUGUUAAAACGCAGCAAAGUCUUUGAAAGUUUAGUGUCCAUGAGCUGCCCACAUGGGAAAGAGCAACCCCCUAUUUUAUUUAACCUUUUGCUUUCUUUUGUUUUUCUGUUGUUUUUUUUUCCCCCCAGCAGUUACGCUUAAAGAAAAUAACGGUGAUUAAGAAUGAAGUCAAACAUAGAACUCAGAUUCAGUAUUUUUCAUCUUUUUUUUAAUAUCAAUAUUGUAUUUGAAAGACAUGGAAGUUGACUUUAGUUGUAUGAUUAUAAAUAUUCUAAAACAAGCAUGAAAAUAAAUGCAUCAGUUAAUGUGUAGAUGUUUUCAAGUGAAAAAGUGACCAUUAAAAAAAGAAAAUAGCCAUACACCUAUUCUCCAUGUCUGUCAUGUCAGUGAUGAUAGAAAAAAGGUCUAUGUAUUAUUUUUAAUUAUUAUAUAUUUUUCUUUGUUCGCCCUGUUGUUCAUGGACUUCUCUCUGCAAAUCUCUCUCUCUCUGACGUGACUUAAUUUUAUACUCGGUCACUGGGAUUUCAUAGCUCCCAUAAUAUAUUCUAAUGCCAUUUUUUUUUUGCAUAAUGCUUCAGAAAAAUGGGUCUUUUAUAGAAGAAAUAUGGGGGAAAAACAAGGAAUGAUUUCUAUGUCUCUUGAAGCUGAAAUAUAUUAUACUAAACCAACUCUAAUAAUGCUUCAUGUGUUUUUCUGUCAAUGAUGUUCCAGCUUUUAUGGAUUAUUAAAGUACAUUUUAGUACAUUUUCAUUAUACUGGUCGAUGUAUUUUUGUGAAUUAAAAAUGUUAUUCAAGUGGA